AUGCCCGAGGCACCCACGCUUGCAACUGCAGCACGUGCAGGCUCCGACCACUUGGGCGGCGCUGCAGCGCUGGUGAGGGAUGGCAAUGCGCCAUCGCUCAUGUGCGGGCCAGUGACCAGCACCACUCCUCCGGCCUGGUGCGACCGCCGACCGCCGGAAAGCUCCGGGUCUUCCAGGACUAUCACCAGCGUCUCCAGCGUGCUGCGGCGCACUAGCGCCCCAUCUUCGGUGUCCACUUCGGCGCCUGGUUCCACCGCUGGAUUCCGCUCGCUGGAUCGCCUUGGAGGCACGAGCAACCGCGGAGAUGUAGCUGUUUGUGUGCGCCUUCGACCGGGAGCACAGGAGGAACGCUGCUGCGAGGUCGGCAGAGAUCACGCCGUGAGGCUGCGACAGAUCGGAAGCAGAUAUGACUCCCUCGGAGAGGCCCAAUACCAGUUUGACCAUGUCUUUCCAGAGGAGACGUCGCAAGAGGAGGUGUUUACAGCUGCAGUGGCGCCGAUUUGUGAGGCAGUGCUGAGUGGCUACAACGGCGCAGUGAUCGCAUACGGCCAGACGGGCUCGGGCAAGACCCACACAGUGGUGGGCAAUGCGAAGCUUCGGGGCGUGGCCCCCCGUGCCAUCCACUGCAUCUUCCAGGGGCUGGAGCAGAGCGCAAUCUGGUCCGUGGACGUCUCAGUGCUAGAGAUCUACAACGAGCGCGUCAGGGACCUCCUGAGCCCCGGCAACGUCUCACAUGUAGAGGUCCACGAAGUGCGCAGCGAGCAUGAAGGAAUUUGUAGCUUCCGGUGCCCAGACGCGGUGAGGCGGCAGGCCCAGACGCCGGAAGACGCAUUGGCAGCGCUGGCGGAGGGCAUGAAGCGCCGGGAGACGGCAAAGACGGACAUGAACCACAACAGCAGCAGGUCCCACCUGAUCUUCACCCUCACUGCUACGCAGAAGGACCCGGAGAUCGGCGCCACCCUGCGAGGGAGGCUGCACCUGGUGGAUCUUGCUGGCAGUGAGCGCCUCAAAAGGUCCAUGUCCACCGACUUCCAAUCGCCCAGAGAGUUAAACUUGGCAAAGUGGACAAGAUAUGACAAGAUAACAGCAACUCUUCAGAGAGAACUGAUGGGCGUCCACCGGGAGCUCGGCCACUGGAAUGCCUACCAAGAGCUUCUGAAAAGGCUGCCGGCGCUGCUGGAGCAGGGCCGGAGAGACGGUCACGAUGUGGACGCGGACCCAAUGUUGACGCUGGACGUCCCCGGCUUGUUGCGGCGCUACCUCAUUGCGGAGGACUGGAACGUCGACAAGGCGGAGCAGAGGCUGCAAAGUACCAUCAGCUUUCGCAGGAAGUGGCAGAUUCUGGAAUACUACAAACCAGGAGCUGCAAAGCACUUGUACGAAGAAGCAUCCAACCCAGGCUCCGAGAUGUACUUCGCGGAUUCCCUGCACAAAGACCUGCAGGGGCGGCCUUACAUGGUGGGGCGGGUGGACUUGUGCAACGGCGAACAGAUGCAUCCCUGGAGGCACCUCCGUGCUGGGAUUUUCGCCCUAGACCGCCUGGCCAUAAAGGUGAUUCACAGCCGUGCUGGCUAUGGAAGCUACUUGCUGGACAUUGGAAAGGUGAACAUGCGCGGGACUGUGAGCGGCAGUGGUGGUGGUGGCAUGACUCCCAAGGAGUCCAACAAUCGUUACUACAAGGAGGGCGCAGGCCGGCACUGCAGCGACGAGCUGCUGGCCGACUUCGGGGAGCUGAGCGGUGGCCUGGCGGUGCUGAGGGCUGCGCUGACCAUCGCCUCCGAGCACUACCCGGAACUGCUUAGCCGGAUCGUCUUUCUCAACGCCGACCUGAUGUUCUCGCUGGUCUUCAAGAUCUUUCGGCUUUGGGCGCACAAACGCACGAGAGACAAGUUCUUGUUCUUGGGCGGCAAAGCGGAUCCGCCCUUGGAGCAGCUUUUCGAGUGGUACGACCCCUCAGAGCUGCCAGAAGAGUUUGGGGGCACGGGCUGGCGACUGGACACUGAUGCCUUCAUGGCACGUGCCAUCCCGGCGCUUGACGAAGAGGGAACGCGAGGUUGGCACCCGAAGCCUGAGGUAGCCUCCGAUUUCCUUGUGGCUGAGGCGGAAGGCGAGGGAUCAGCGGGCGAGGAAACUGCUUCGCUCUUUGGCUGCUUCGCGCCCUUGGCCUGCUGUUUGCCGCAGCAGCAGCCACGCAAAGGACAGCGGCGCAAUGUCCCGCAGACGGCUGCCGUGGAUGCAGGCGUGGCAUGCUCCCCGACAACCCGACGACCAGUGCCGAUUCAGCUCAUGCUGCGGGUGGCUGUAGUCACACUGCUGCGCACCCCGCGGGAUCAGCGGCGGGAAGCGGGAGAGAUCAACAAGUCGCUGUCUCAGCUCGCUUUGGUGAUCCAGCGGUUGACCAGCCAGACAGGCGGCUCACUACAGCUGGUGCCAUACCGGGACUCGAUGCUGACGAGACUUUUGGCUGAGAGCUUUGGUGGUAGCUCCAAGACGUGCCUCGUGAUCACUUGCUCAGUGCAGUCGUCCGACAGAGAGGAGACCAGGUGCUCCUUGGAGUUCGGCAAGCGCGCGAAGCUGGUGAGGAAUCGCCCCCAGAUCAACUUAGAGGUGGCACACGAGCCCUCUGCGGUCGUGGAGGCCUUUGUUGCGAAGAAGUUGGAGGAGAUGCAGAGAGUGCAGGAGGAGCUGCUGCGGGAGCGCGAGCUCUUUCACGCAGAGCGUGCGGGCAGAGUUCAAAGCCUCGAGGAGAAGCUCGAGGAGGCCAUUGGCGACAUGCACGGCCAGCAGAACUCGCGUUUGUCGGAAGUGGCACAGCUCGAGGACCAGAAGGCUGAGAUGCAGGAGCGGCUGCGGGCUGCUGUGGCUCAGGCGGUGGCAAGCCAGGAUGAAGCCGCCGUGCAGGCCACCAAGCUACAGUCGGAUCGGAAGAGGUUGCACACGCAGCUCUUGGAGGCCCGGAGCAGGCAGGAGGCCUUGCAGCGCGAGCUGCAGAAGGAGGUCCAGAGCCGGGCGGCCUUGGAAGCCGAGAUGCGGGCACAGCUCGCAGAACGGCAACGUCAAGUAGAAGAUGCCACAAAGCAGGCCGCAGACCUGCGCCUGGCCAUGGCCGAGCUGGGGCGGGAGAAGGCUGCCAGUUUGGCGCGCUUGGAAGAGCAGAACGCAGAGAUGCGCAGCAAGUGGCUGGAGGACGUCUCCCGCCUGGAGGCAGAGAAGCGCAGCGCGCAGCUGGCCGCCUCCGAGGCGCAGUCGCGAUUGCAAGAGAACCGCUGCAUCCAGGAGCAAAUCCCCACAACGCCAUUGGAGGAGAUGCCAGUGCAAUACGGCGGAGAAGCUGAGGCGGAGGCGCCAGCAUCGCUUCACGGUGAUCCGGGCUUCGAGGAGAGCAAUGAAUUGCAGCUGGCCAGCAGGAGCGCUGAGCUGCGGAAGCAGCUGGAGGCCAUUACUGCUGACGGAGAACAGCUCGAAAAGCUGCGCCAGGCUCGACUUCUUUGCCUGGAGGUGGAGGCCCAGGAUCUGCAGGCAAAGUGGCAGCAGCAAGUGCCGGAGGAGGACUCGUUUCCGCCAUCACUCAGCGAGGAGAAACCCACCGAGGAGGAAGACUCAGAGGCAUUUCAGGCCCUGCCAUCCUUUCCCACCGAGCUGCCGCGUGCCAAGGCCUGCUCUGUUUCCUCUGGCUCAGAGGAUGCCCCCAGUUCUCCGCCAGCCACGCGGCUCAACGGGACAGGCCCUCAAGUCUUGGCUUGGGAGGCCACGAAGAUGCCACCGCUGAUGACAGCCAAGGAUGGCGAUUCACGAUGA